UGACCUAAUGAUGCCGUAAGGAUGGUAGCUCUGGUCCACGACGUUACUGCGCAUUUCUCCACCACUAAACUACAGUAAUGCCCGAUGUCCACCAGAUGUAUUUAAGUGUUGUUUUGCUGGAUGUCUAGCCCGCAUUUUCCGUAGAAUUAAUUGAACAUUUAUGAUUUCCGCCGAAACGCAAAGAGUUUGAUGCGUCCGGUGGACGUGAGGCGUAACGGGCAGUUAACGCCCUGGACCAGAGCUAGAAGGAUUUCUAUAACGGUUUGUCGUAACGUGGGCGUCAACAUGGACCCACACGCGUUAUUAUUUAACACCGAUUUCCGUUCCAUGUCGCGACCAAAUCGUCUCGGGACACCGUGGUAAUCGGGGUUUUAUUCUCUGAUUUUCUUCUAUCCUCAGAGAAGCGAACGGAACGGAAGCGAACCCGGAUCAUGCCGUGUACGUGCGAGAACUGGAGACGGUGGAUCAGACCUCUCGUGGUCUGUCUCUACGUCGGCCUGCUGCUCGUCGUUCUGCCGCUGUGUGUCUGGGAACUACAGAAGUCUGAGGUGGGGACCCACAGUAAAGCCUGGUUCAUAGCUGGAGUCUUUGUGUUCAUGACCAUCCCCAUCUCUCUGUGGGGGAUCCUGCAGCACCUGGUACACUACACACAGCCUGAGCUACAGAAACCCAUUAUCAGGAUUCUGUGGAUGGUACCCAUCUACAGUGUGGACAGUUGGAUCGCGCUGCGCUACCCCAGUAUAGCCAUCUACGUAGACACGUGUAGAGAGUGUUACGAGGCCUACGUCAUUUACAACUUCCUCAUCUUCCUGUUAAACUACCUCUCUAACCAGUAUCCCAGUUUGGUGUUGAUGCUGGAGGUUCAGGAACAACAGAAACACCUGCCACCUCUAUGCUGCUGUCCACCAUGGGCAAUGGGAGAGGUGUUGCUGUUCCGCUGUAAGCUGGGGGUUCUACAGUACACCGUCGUCAGGCCCGUAACUACAGUGAUAGCACUUGCCUGUCAGUUGUGUGGCGUGUAUGACGAGGGAAACUUCAGCAACAGGAAUGCCUGGACCUAUCUGGUCCUAGUCAACAAUAUCUCUCAACUGUUUGCCAUGUAUUGUCUGGUGCUGCUGUAUAAAGCCUUGAAGGAUGAACUGAGUCAGAUUAGACCUGUCGGGAAGUUCCUCUGUGUUAAAAUGGUCGUCUUCGUCUCGUUCUGGCAGGCAGUGUUGAUAGCUAUACUGGUGAAAGUCGGAGUGAUCUCUGAUAAACACACCUGGGACUGGGACAGUGUUGAGGCUGUAGCCACUGGACUACAGGACUUUAUCAUCUGCGUAGAGAUGUUUCUAGCAGCCAUUGCCCACCACUACAGCUUUACCUAUAAACCCUACAUACUGGAGGCAGAGGAGGGAAGCUGUUUUGACUCCUUCAUGGCCAUGUGGGACGUGUCUGACAUCAGAGCAGACAUCUCAGAGCAGGUCCAACACGUAGCUACCACUAACCUGGUCCUGUCCCUGCGUAAUAACACCACCCCUCCCCCUUCAGGUCGGACGGUCCUGGGCAGACCCAAUAAGAUGUACUUUGGCUCCACCGGCCGUCCUGAACACACUGAACACACAGGUCUCCUGUCGGCUGCGUCCCAGGGGGGGUCAGAGCAAGACAUCAUCGUCACGGAAACCGUCUCCGUCCCCGCCUCCCCUCUGUCGGGUCACUACCAGGGGCUAGGCCACACCCCAAAGCCACACUCUUACUCCGCCCCCUCCGGUUUCAUUUCGUCUGAUUGGGACGAGGACAGCGAGGAGAAAGAAUCGGAGACCAGUGCAGGGGUUUCGCACGCUGGUGGCGACACCCCCGCCACCGACAUCAGUGAAAUCGUUGAAAUCACUGGUGACACUUCCGCCGACAUCACUGCGAGUGGCGACUUCAUUCGUGACGUCUCUGAUGUUGACCUGAUUGGCGACGCCCCCGGUGACAUUGUCGGCGACAUCACCGGCCAUGCCCUCAUUGACAUCAGUAGCGAAGUCCCCGGUGAAAUGAGCGGUGACUUUACUGGUGACAUCGCCAGUAACAUUACUUUUUGCACGUAGGAGGAGUGUUAUUGGUCCAGAGUGUGUUCCUUCCUGUCUCGUGACUCCUCCCCUUCACCCUGACUGGCUGAGACAAGCUGGCGAGUGAGUUUCUAAAAGGGGGAGUUGGACACAAUUCAGAAAAGAAGGGUUGAAAAUCAGAACCAGUCAAGGAGAGAGAGUUUGGACACAGAGGAAGCCAUGUUGGUGUUGUAUUUUCCAUGCCGUAACAAUAGAUUAAUUAUAAAUAACUUUAUAAAUGAUGUUUAUAAAACACUAAUGUCAAGUUUGACAUAAUAUUAUCAUAUAAUUAUGUUUCGUUACUAUAAUUACUAUUGUUUUAAUAUUUUGUAAUUAAUCAUUUUUUUGGAUAACAAUGGUAUUUUAUUGUUGACAUUAUUUUGUCGUUAUCCGUUUCAUUCAUUUAAUAUAUAUUAAUCCAUACAACAAUUCAAUACCAUAUAUAUAUAUAUACACACUGCAAUAGAGUGAACUACAGCUAAUCAUUAUUACAGACAUGUUACUACAGACAAUAACACAGCUUACUCACACCAUAGCAGACCAUGCUUCUAUUCAGCAUUAGGAUGCCAUUGACAUGUCAGCUGAUUUAUUCAACGACCUUCUUCUGUUGCCUUGGUAAUAAAACCACUACAAAAUAA